GGGCCCAAAUAUUUUAUAACGAAUAAAUAAAAAUCUUUCAAAGACGAGUUGAGGCGAGGCGAGGCGGUGGUGGAAAAAAAACAAGAGAAAAAUCAAAACCCCAAUUUUGAUCUUAAGGAAGUGAAGAAAAGAGAGGAACGGAAUUUUGCAAUCAAAUUCAGCUGAGGAUGGUUUCAGGAUCAUUUCAAUCAUCACAAGCCCAAAGCUUCUGUUCUCGUUUGUCGUAAAUUUUGCAAUUAAAAAGAAUGGGAGGCGAAGAUGGUGAACGGAAUCCUCCUCCUCCUCCGCAGCAGAAGUUGGCAGAGUUUUUGGGAAUCGUCGCGUUUUCUGUAAUCGGCGUAACCGUUGUCACUCUCUUCAAGGCUAGAUCACAGUCAGCGUGGAAAGCAACCAAAGGUGGUUCUUUCCGAACAGCUUAUCAGGAGGAAGCGUGGAGAAGGUACAACAAACGGAUGAAGGAGGAGUACGAGGAUGAGAUGGAGAGAGUGGAACGUAUCAGGCGUAUGCAAAGCGUUUUCAAUAGAGAGAGGAGUAAAUUUAGGAGGGGCUACGAGAACUGGAGAGAAACUGAUCCUGGUGCACAGCAAUACCAUCAGCAGUUUCAGCGUAAUGAUUGGUACUGGAAAACUGAGUCUUCGCAAAGAAAUCAAAGGACCAAUCACCAGGAGCCUCCAAACCAGAGAAGAGUAUAUCCAUUAUCACAUCAUUACUCGGUAUUAGGGCUCAGCAGGUCCAGGGCAACUCCAUAUACCGAAGCUGAGAUUAAGAAAGCAUUCAGGGAAAAAGCUAUGGAAUUCCAUCCAGACCAAAAUCAGGAUAACAAAGUUGUAGCUGAAGCAAAAUUCAAAGAGGUCUUACUUUCAUAUGAAGCUAUAAAAGAGGAAAGAAACGAGAGGUGAUAUUUUUUGGUGAACGAGAUCAAACUUUUUCUUCAUGCGCUUUGAAGGAAUUCGAAUACUGUCAAAUGAACAAAACAGGUUGCUUUGGGUGUCUUCCCAUUAUAGGUUAAUUUAAUUAGUCUUUUGGUCUGCUUUUUUACCCCAUUAAGGUUCUUUGUUGUAAUCUGUAAUAAAACCAAUCCACAGGUUAUAUAUUUUGAGAAGAGGGAAUGAUACUCUCUUAAUUAUUUGUUAGGAUAUGAGAUUCCCACAUUGGAGUUUAGAAGGAUAUGUGAUUCUGAUAAAAAUCAAUAUAUUUGGGAUGCAAUCAAUUUUGUUUA